CUUUAAGCUUGAACACUCAUCUCAAUUCUGAUCUCCAGAGUAGCACGAAGGAUGAGAAGACCUGGUCAAUGUCUGACGGAGCUGAUGCCCCUCACGUCGGCGGAGUGGACGAAGCAUCUGGAAGUGAACUCCAAAAAAGAAGAUAAAAACGUCAAGAGAAUUUUUAAACAGCCCUCCUACCUCAUUGUCAAAUUUAUUGCUCGUAUCCUCAAAUUUUCAAGAGGAAGAACCUUAACCCAAAAGUAUCGUAGCUCCACUACAACACAGCAGCUCCUCUACAACAGAGAACAUCCUGAAGGGGACACAUUAAGCUUAAUUGAGUCUCCAGUCCCUAAUGACAUCACUACUUUUGGUCGUCUCCCAAAGCAAUCUGAUUGGGAUCCAGCCUUCACAGUUCCAAGAGACAUCGCUGAUUGUAAAUUUAUUACGAAACUUAACCCAAUGACUACCUUUAGCGAAAUAGUCAACCGACACUGAGAACCAACAAGCUUGAAGUACCGGGAAUACUUUGGGUCCUGAAGGAGCGUGGGGCAAUGGAGCGUUACGGCACCAGACUGAGUGAUAAGGAGGUUUCCGGGUCAGAGAGGAGGCUCGGAGGCUUCCUUGAGAUGAGGCCGUGGUGAUAGACCUUGGCAACGCCGCUCACAACACUUCACAUUCUCACUACCACCUACAGGAUUCACGCUGGCCUUCGUAAUAAUGCACCAUGCUCCUUUCUUCCUAAAUUAAUACCCCGCAUGUGUAGCUACUGUUAUAUAA